CAGCCUAGACGGAGUCCUGACAGAAAUGAAAAGUGAACUUAGUGCGCCUGGUACUCGCCCUUUCACACACUGGUCGGUCCAAGCGCCUUGUAAACAGUCUGGUAGCGUCUCGGCUCCAUCAUGGAGUGCGUUCAAAGACAACCGAAAUUUAGCAGAUCUGAGGAAUUACUACGAUAUGACAGAAGCCAGAAGGUGAUACAAAUGAACGUGGGGCUCCUCGGUAUGGAGGGCGAUUUGGACCUCCAGUUCCUCCUGCAGGGGGGAGAUCUUCUCAAGGUCCGUUCCCCGUCCUGGAAGAAGACCCGCUACUUCAAACUCCAGGAGGACUGCAGGACCAUGUGGCACGAAUCCAAGAAAACCUUCAAGACAAACCAGACCUUCUCAGUUGAUGAUAUCGCAGCGGUGAGAAUGGGCCGCCAGUCAGAAGGUUUGAGGAAGUACACAGAGGAGCAGGUGGAGGGCCGCUGCUUUUCCAUCAUGUUCAAGGGCCGCCGCAAGAACCUGGACCUCAUCGCCAGCUCAGAGGAGGAGGCCAAGCAGUGGGUCGACAGCCUGGAGAAAAUUAUCUUCAAAAUAAACAACCUUAAUUCCCAGCAGAAGACAGAGCAUUGGAUCUUCAGCUGCCUGAGGAAAGCAGACAAGAACAAAGAUGGUAAGAUGAACCAGUCAGAUGUCAAGAACUUCCUCUCUCUGAUCAACAUUGAAGUGGACGACGACUACGCUGAAAUGCUCUUCAAGAAAUGUGACAAAUCAAAAUCUGGAUACCUGGCUGGAGAGGAGAUUCAACAUUUCUACGACCUGUUGACCCAACGGGAGGAAAUGAAUGUUAUCUAUGAAGAGUACGCUAAAACCACGGGCUUCAUAAGCCCUGAAAACCUACUGGGCUUCCUGAUGAAAGAACAGAGAGAGAAAGCUACACUGGCCGACGCACACAAGAUUAUUGAGAAGUAUGAGCCCGAUGAAAAUGUCAAGGAGAAGAAGCUGCUGUCCAAAGAUGGCUUCCUCAUGUACAUGCAUCAUCCAGACGCCCUGAUCCUAAAUUCAGAUCACAAGGUAGUGUACCAGGACAUGAGCCAGCCCCUCAAUCACUACUUCAUCUCCUCCUCACACAACACCUACCUCAUGGAGGAUCAGCUCAAAGGGCCCAGCAGCACAGAUGCUUAUGUCAGGGCUCUGCUGAAGGGCUGCCGCUGCGUAGAGCUGGACUGCUGGGAUGGAUCAGAUAAUGAGCCAGUGGUUUACCACGGCUACACACUCACCUCUAAGAUCCUCUUCAAAGACGUGAUCAAAGCCAUCAACGAGUAUGCUUUUAAGACAUCGGAUUACCCUGUGAUCCUCUCCUUGGAGAACCACUGCAGUGUGGAGCAGCAGGUAGUCAUGGCCCGCCACAUGAGCUCCAUCCUGGGCAGCGCACUUGUUACCGAGCCCCUGGGGGACAGCAUGCCCACAAAAUUCCCAUCUCCUGAGGAAUUAAAGGGGAAGUUCCUCAUCAAAGGGAAAAGGUUAAACAAACUGGAGGCCAGCUUUGUUUAUGAGGAGACAGCGUCUGAUGAUAUCGACGUGACGGAGGAGGAUGACUCCAAAGAUGAGGAGGAACAGAAGGAGGGAGAAAAAAGCAAGAAGAAGAAGAAGCUGAAACUAACAAAAGAGCUGUCAGACAUGGUUAUCUACUGUAAGAGCGUCCACUUCCACGGCUUUGAGGACGCCAGAAAAAACCAGAGCUUCUACGAGAUGUCUUCUUUCAAGGAGGGAGAGGCAAUGAGGCUGGCAGAGGAGUCGGCGAACGCCUACAUCCAUCAUAAUGUGGACAAGCUGAGCCGCAUCUAUCCAGCAGGUUCCAGGACCGAUUCAUCCAACUACAACCCAGUGCCCUUGUGGAACGCCGGCUGCCAAAUCGUGGCCCUGAACUUCCAGACGACCUGCACAGACAUGGAUUUGAACCAGGGCCGAUUCCUGGUUAACGGGAAGAGCGGCUACAUCCUGAAACCAGCCUACAUGAGGGACAUAGCCACAGAGUUUGAACCCAUCACUCUGACCCGAGGAGACUGGCUGAAGCACAAGACUCUCCAUGUCAUGAUUAUAUCAGCCCAGCAGCUCCCAAAAGUGAACAAGAAGAAAUCCUCCAUAGUGGACCCGCUGGUCAAAGUGGAGGUGUACGGAGUGCCGGCUGAUGUUGCUGAGAAAGAAACCAGUCCUAUUGGAAACAAUGGGUUUAACCCUGCGUGGAAUGAAAACUUCCAGUUUGAUGUGUAUGUGCCAGAUCUGGCACUAGUGCGCUUUGUUGUGGAAGACCACGACUCAGUGUCUGAUAAUGAGUUUGUUGGACAGUACACACUUCCAUUCAACAGCUUAAAAAUGGGAUACAGACACGUGCCUCUACUCAGUAAGAACGGAGACCUUCUCCCCUCAGCUAGACUCUUUGUACACAUCAUGGUCCUUGAUGCUGAGUGAGACGUCACCGACUGGCAUGUUCCUCUGCAGGACACUAUGCUCUCCAUUACACUGCCAUGUCUUGGCUGUUUUUAAUUAGAUUUUAUAUUCUCUUUUAUUUUAUUUUUUGCUCUGUAGUUUUAGGCCAAGAUAAACUUAUUGGUUUCAUUCCAGAAGCUUGAACAGAUACUAUAAAAGUUAGAUAAAGACUACAUUCUUCUCGAGGGACAAGAGUGACUUUUAAAUCUAAAGAUCUCCAUCUGCAACUGGAAAUGAGUUGCUUUGGGAGGUGGGUAUAUGCUUUCUAAUACUGUACCUACACUUAUAGGUUUGCUAAACUUUAUAAUACUACAGGUGAAUGACAUUAUACAAAUGGUUUAAAUUGGUUUGUAUGAGUGGCUCUAGUGUAAUAACAUGUUCAGACUUCUUGUGUCCCUCAUUUUUGGUCAGUUAAUGUAGUGUGUAUUUAAAUCUUUAUAUUCAAAUGACCAUUUUAUGAAUUCUGGAGAAACAUAAGCCACUGUAAAAACUCUGUGCUGUCUUCAUCAGUCAUUUUAGUCAAGUAUGAUUAUUUUUCAUGUAACAACAUCAUCAUGACUACUUAAU